CCCACCCCACACACCCGCCACGGCCAUGGCCGCCGACCCGACUCAGGCCAGCUUUGGCCGUCUUGAAAACCUCUACUCGCUCUCCAAGUUCAUCGCCUUCCGGAGAACGACGCUCGCUCGCGACGACAAUCCGCUGGAGCGGCGACCCAUCACAGAAGCUGAUCCGCUGCCCGAGGGCUGGGAGGUGCGGUAUUCGGACCAUGGCAAGCCGUUCUUCAUCUGCCAUUCGACUCGAUCGACGACCUACGCCGAUCCGCGCCCGCUCCCGCGCUACAUCGGCAUGCGCAUUGUGUCAGCAUCGGGCCUGCGGAAGAUGGACACCUUUCGUAAGGGCGAUCCAUAUUGCCUCGUUCGUAUCUGCAGUCCGGCGACUGCUGCUGUUGAUCCGGCUCGUCUCGACAAGCGUGACCGGCUGCAGGUGUUUGCAAAGACUGCGACUUGCAAGAACUCACAAACGCCCGAGUGGGACGAAACCUUCUACUUUGCCAUCAACUCGCCCAACGACUUUGUUGAGAUCUACAUGUACGACUGGGAGCGCGGACGGACUGACCUGCUCAUGGGCUACAUCGCUAUUCCUGCCGUCGAGGUCUACGCCCACACCAUGGCGCUCGACAGUCAGUUUCCGAUCUGGGCCCUCCGCCGCGAGCUGGGCCCACCGCCGGACGGCGGUGGCGUGUUCAAGGCCUCGGUUGCACCACAGGGCGCACUCUCGCUCGAGUUUGCCAUGGUCGGACCGUCGUUUGCCGACGAUGCCGCGGCGGCGUCUCCCGCCGAUGCCGCUCGUGCUGCUGCCGCUGUAGCGGCAGCUGCCGCCCGCAAAGCCCGCCCAACCUGUGUCCUCUGCCUCGACGCGCCGGCCAACGCGCUCAACUACCCGUGCGGACACGCCUUUCUUUGCAUGACUUGCGCCCGGACCUUUCGCGACGACAAUGGCGAGAUCUGCAACAACUGCCGCGAGCCGGCGCAGCUGACCGCCAUUGUCACCGAGCUCACGUGCUCGGUCUGCUUUGUCGACUACGAUGCAAGCGAGCUGCUCGGCCUUGGCGAGUGCGGCCACCUGAUGUGCGUCAAUUGCUCGAUUGCCAUCGUCCGCGUUGCCCUCGGCGACGUCAAUGAGCAGUUCCCUCUGCAGUGCCCAUGCAUUGAUGGCGAGACGCGGUGCCCGUCGGUGGUUGCCGCUGAAUCGGUCCACAACCUGCUUCGCCUCUCAACUCGGGUUCUACCGCACGGCGAGGCUCUCUCCCGCGACGAGUACGACAAGUUUAUUCGCUUCAACGACAUCGCUGCCAUCCCGCUCGCUCAGCGGACGUACUGCAUUAAUCCGGCGUGUGGCGGCCUCUUGGUCCUCGACAACGGCUGCGAGACCGAUCCGACUACCCGGAUGGAGUGUCUCUACUGCGACGCGAGCUGGUGCUACGGUUGCUCGGUUGACCAUCCCGACAUGACCUGCGCCGAGUGGGCUGCCGCCGCCCACGGCACUGAUGACGCCACCCGCGACUACAUCGAAUCGACCUCCAAGCUUUGUCCCUCGCCCGGCUGCGGCAUGCGCUGGGUCCACUACAGAGGCCACCGCUGCCAUCAUCUCAAUCCCGGGCGCGGCUGCCCCGGUUGCGGCUGGGAGGGCUGCGUGGCGUGCCUCGGCCCAUGGCCAUGCCGAUCGUGCUCAACAUACUGCGAUGCCAACUGUGACUGCCCACCAUGUCCCGACUGUGUGCCGAAUGUCUCUCACUGCAACCUCUGCUCCGGCGACUGGCGCUGCAACAACGCCAUCCGCGAGCCAGCGGCCGCCGGUGCGAGUGCUUGA